AUGAACACGAAGAGCCCGAGGCAUCAAUUUAUGAGGAAGAUGAGCUCUAUCAGCAUCGAUUCUGCCGAUUCGUGUGACAGUUACUCUUCUAAUCUUGAGCCAAACCACGGAUUCUGCUCGGCACCAGCAUCCAUUGAGUUUCCAGCACUCGCAGAAAAGAGGCUAUCGUUGGAACGCUUCGUCGCUGACAUCAUCGAUCCAAACGAUGGCAGGGUAUCCCCCAUGCGAGCUCCCGAGCGAACGAGAUCUGACAAAUUGAAGAAAUCGUUUGGCAAAGGUUCCAAAGGCAUGCACCUUGGCGUCCCUAAGAAGAAGAAACAAGGCAAAAAGGGAAAGAAAGAAAUGAAGCAAAAUGGAUCAAUAAACUCAGCACCACCAGCCAUGCCAUUGCGCAAAGCAUCCUUCAUCCAAUAG